GUUUCUUUCACCUCCAACUCUCUCUCUCUCUCUCUCUCUCUCUCUCUCCAUUAACGAUCGUUUACAGCGAGGGACUGUCGGCCAUUAACAGCCCUUACAGCCGUAAGCAGUUUUGGUCAGGAACAGGUCAACCCCAGACUCUUCAAAAUGAGUCGAACCAUGAUUUGAGUAAUGAGGACACAGGACUGGUCCAGUUGGGAUGUGCCUAUGCAGCGACGGUUCAAUUUCGACACAUACGUCAGGAACUAUUUGAUUAAACAUGUUGGAGAUAAGUGAAAUCGACCAGAAUGAGAAUGCGAAUGAGAAUACUCCCAUAGAUGUUGAAAAUGAUUCACCGCCAACAACAGUUAAGAGAAAGCUAAAAUCUUCUGUUUGGAGUAAUUUUACAAAACUUAAGCUACCAGAUGGUUCAGAAAAGGCACGUUGUAAACAAUGUAAACGAUUGUUUACAUGCGGAAGUUCGAGUGGAACUAGUCACCUUAAGAGGCACAUUGGAACUUGUUCAAAAAUUAUUCGUGAAGAAAAUCAUUCCUUGGACACUUGGGACUCUUUUAGCACGUUGGAUUGUGGAUUCUCAUCUUCAGUUUGGAGUAAUUUUACAAAACUUAAGCUACUAGAUGGUUCAGAAAAGGCACGUUGUAAACAAUGUAAACGAUUGUUUACAUGCAGAAGUAAGAAUGGAACAAGUCACCUUAAGAGGCACAUUGGAACUUGUCAAAAAAUUAUUCGUGAAGAAAAUCAUCCCUUGGACACUUGGGACUCUUUUGUCACGUUGGAUUGUGGAUUCUCAUACAGACAUUUUGAGUUCUUGGGACAUGAUGUGUUGUUUUCCUCUCUCUCAGUAAACGAUAUGAGGAACAGUGCUCUUCAAUGGGCAACCUGGGAGCAGAAAAAUGCUGAUGAGGAUGUCUUGAGGCUGGUUACAGAGCAAAAGAGGGAAAAAGGAGCUGCUCUGAAUAAAAUACUUCAGUUGGAAAAGAAAUUGUACCAGAAACAGGCAUUGGAAUUGGAAAUUGAGCAACUGAAAGGGGAGCUACAAGUAACGAAGCAUAUGGAAGAAGGCGACGAUUUGGCUAGGAAGAAGAUGCUAGAAUUGAUGAAAGUCGUGGAAGAGAAAGAAGGCAAAAUGGAACACCUGGAAACUCUCAAUCCGGCACUCCUGGUCAAAGAACAUCAGAGCAACAAUGAGCUGCAGGAUGCGCGAAAAGAACUAAUUUAUGGUUUGAAAGAGAUGUUGAGUGGCCGUGCAAUGAUUGGAAUCAAAAGAAUGGGAGGGCUCGAUAGAAAACCAUUCCAGGCGGCUUGUGCACUGAAGUUUUCAGGAGAAGAAGUGCAAAUUAAAACGAUGGAGUUAUGUUCCCAAUGGGAAGACUGCAUAAAAAAUCCUGCAUGGCAUCCUUACAAGGUGAUCACAGUCGGAGAUAAGCAGGAGGAAAUAAUAGAUGAGGAUGAUGAAAAGUUAAUGGAACUAAAGAAUGAGUGGGGCAACGAAGUUUUCAAGUCUGUAGCUACAGCUUUGAAGGAGAUGAAUGAAUACAACCCCAUUGGGCGAUAUGCCAUACCAGAGCUAUGGAAUUUCAAACAGGGAAGGAAGGCGAUGCUGAAAGAGGGGGUCCAAUAUAUACUUAACCAAUGGAAAACUCUUAAACGCAGGAAAUGCCAAAAGGAAGGACUGGUCUAAUGUUGCGUUUAAAUAUUGUCCUAUUAAAUUCUGGGACAACGCUAUGAUGAUGAUAAUGGUGAAGAUCUUUGUAAAUUGUGGACUUUGAUGGAUUGUCUAAUUGGCAUGAACUUCUAAGUUGAGAUGCAUGCAAUCGCAAGAUACAGUGGGAAUCAAAGCCAAUGGAUCUGAAUUACAGCUAUUUGUAUGCAUUUCAACUGCUUUCAGCAUGUAGAUCAUCUUUUAUUAAUGGUGAGUCAAGGGAGUACUUAUAUCUGA